CAUCUAUAUAUCCAACUUUCAUCACCAUUUUUUAUUUUUUUAAAUUUCGAUACAAUUCUAAAAAUAGCUUAGACACACACACACACACACUUGACAAAAUCACUACAACCAUGGCCUGGAUUUGGGCAACCACCAUAUUAGCCAUCAUGUUCCUUUACAUCAUCCAACAAUAUUAUCUGCUAAAGAAAGGAAAACUUCCUCCUGGCCCAAUGGGUCUGCCAGUAAUAGGCCAUUUCCACCUUUUGGGCAAGAACCCGCACCAUGAUCUGCACGGGCUGGCCCAAAAGCAUGGGCCCAUUAUGCACUUGCGGUUUGGGUCCGUGCCCACAAUAGUGGUCUCAUCACCAGUUGCAGCCGAGCUCUUCCUCAAGACACACGACCUCGUUUUUGCCAAUAGGCCUCAUCAUGAGGCCUCUACUUACCUUGGCUACCAACAAAGGAACAUAGUCUUUGGAAGGUACGGCCCUUACUGGCGCAACAUGCGAAAACUCUGCACCAUUGAACUAUUAAGCAACCUUAAAAUCAGUCAAUUUCAGCCAAUGAGGGAAGCCGAGCUCGGACUCCUAGUAAAUUCACUAAAAAAUGCCGCCGAAAACAAAGAAACAGUCGACAUGAGCGCGAAGAUUAUGUCUUUAGGUGCCGACAUGACUUGCCUAAUGGUUUUCGGCAAGAAAUUUUCCGACCGGGAUUUGGACGAGAGAGGGUUCAAAGACGUGUUGAAAGAGACGAUGGAAGAGGCCUCGGCUUUUAACCUCGGAGAUUAUUUUCCUAAUCUUCGAAGGUUCGACCUUCAGGGCUCGGGUCGUAGGUUGAAGAAAUUGAGUGAGAUUUUCGACCGGUUUUUGGAAAGGAUUAUCGAUGAUCAUGUAAAGAAUAGAGACGAGACGAAAGAGACUAAAGAUUUCGUGGACACGAUGAUGGGGAUUAUGGAGUCCGGUGAAGCUGGAUUCGAAUUCGACCGACGACAUGUCAAGGCCGUGCUAUUGGAUAUGCUGCUAGCAGGAAUGGACACAUCAUCGGCAGCGGUCGAAUGGGCCCUGUCCGAACUCAUCCGUCACCCAACCGUAAUGAAAAAGUUGCAAAGAGAGUUACAAGAAACCGUGGGCAUGAACCGGAUGGUCGAAGAAUCCCAUCUCCCGAGCCUCAAGUACCUCGAUUGCGUCAUCAAAGAAUCAAUGCGGGCCCACCCAGUCGGCCCACAAAUAAUCCACGAGUCCAUGGAAGAUUGUGAAGUUGACGGGUUUCAUAUACCGAAAAAUGCUCGAAUCUUGGUAAACGUGUGGGCCAUAGCAAGGGAUCCAAGUGCUUGGGAAAAUCCGGAGAUAUUUUUGCCCGACAGGUUUCUCGACAGCAAUGUGGAUGUUCGGGGACGAGACUUCAAGCUCAUACCUUUUGGUUCUGGGAGAAGGGGAUGCCCUGGGCUGCAAUUGGGCCUGACGACGGUUCAAUUGAUCGUGGCCCAAUUGGUUCAUUGUUUCGAUUGGGAACUUCCAAACGGGAUGUCUGCUGACGAGCUGGACAUGUCUGAAAAUUUCGGGUUGGUGACGGCUAGGGCUACACAUCUCAUGGCUAUACCUUCAUACAGAUUGCAUAAUGACCUCUGUGUUGCUAUUCCUCUGAAGCUCCGGGGAUGGAAGACCAAGAAAAAACUGGCGCCGGGCCCACACCAUCUGGCCCAAAAACACGGGCCCAUCAUGUCCCUCCGCUUGGGCCUCGUCCCCGCCGUCGUCGUCUCCUCCCCCGCCGGCGCCGAGCUCGUCCUCAAAGCCCACGACCUCGUCUUCGCCGGCCGGCCCAACCACCAGGCCGCCAGGCACCUGAGCUACGGCCGGAAAAACAUCCUCUUCGCGCCGUACGGCCCCUACUGGCGCAACAUGCGCAGGCUGGCCUCCCUCCACCUGCUCAGCAGCCAGAGGAUCGACGAGUUUCGGGCCGUGAGGCGGGCCGAGCUCGGAAACCUGGUGGGCUCCCUCCGGCGGGCCGCCGGGAGGCGGGAGCCCGUGGAUCUGAGCGCGAGGGUCUCGGGCCUGAGCGGGGACUUGACGUGUCUGAUGGUUUUCGGGAGGAAAUACGAAGACGGCGAUCUCGACGAGAAAGGGUUCAAGGCCGUCAUUGAGGAGACCCUGCAGGUGGCGGCGCUGCCGAACCUCGGGGACUUCUUCCCGUUCAUGGGGGCGGUCGAUCUGCAGGGGCUAACCCGGCGGAUGAAGGAAUUGAGCAGGGUUUUUGAUGGGUUUUUGGAGAGGAUUAUUGACGAUCAUGUUGCGAGUAAGGGAGAAUGGAAAGGGGAUCGGGAUUUUGUGGACACGAUGAUGGGUAUCUUGGAGUCCGGCAAGGCUGAGUUCGAGUUUGACCGCUGCCAUGUAAAGGCUGUGCUGUUGGACAUGCUUGUUGGAGGAACAGACACUUCAGCCGCAACAAUCGAGUGGAUACUCUCUGAGCUCAUUCGGCACCCAAACUGUCUAAAGCAACUCCAGAGAGAAAUAGAGCAAGUAGUAAGCAUGGACCAUCAAGUAGAGGAACCCCACCUUGACAAGCUCGAGUAUUUGAACUCGGUCGUGAAGGAAACUCUCAGGCUCCACCCAGUAGUCCCAUUGUUGAUCCACGAGCCCACUGAAGAUUGCAUGCUAAAUGACUAUCACGUCCCCAAAGGAUCGAGAACAAUAGUGAAUGUGUGGUCCAUAGGAAGGGACAAUAACGUCUGGCACGACCCUGAAAAGUUCAUACCCGAGAGGUUUAUUGAGAAGAGAGUGGAUCUAAAAGGGCAAGAUUUCGAGCUUAUACCAUUUGGUUCGGGAAGAAGUGGGUGCCCUGGGUUGCAGUUAGGGUUAACGGUGGUUCGUUUGGUGGUGGCUCAGUUGGUGCAUUGCUUCGAUUGGGAACUUCCCGGUUGUUUGCAGUUACAGGAUGUUUUGUAA